UAUUAUUAUAAUUAUUAUUUGUCUUUAUUUAGGGCCUGAACAUGUGUUCAUGGAGCAGGGAAAAGACUUACUUCUGGAUAUAAAAGGCUCUGUUGCACUCACCGAAGGGGCAGAUUUCUUCUGGAGAUUUAAUAUCAUUCACAUAGUAGCUAAAAGUAAUUAUCUUAAUUCAGUAGUGUUUGGCACAUAUAAAGGCAGGGCUAAGAUUUUUGUACAAAAUAAUUCUUUGCUGUUGAAGAAAGUGCAACACAGUGACAGCGGAGAUUAUAUUGCAAUAGUAAGUGGGGAACAAAACCAGAGGGUAGCUGAAUACAAGGUCAUAGUCCAAGAUCCAGUUUCUCCAGUUAACCUGACAGUGGACUCUGUGGACAGCAGUUCAAACUCCUGUAACCUCACUGUGACCUGCAGCACAGUGGAUUCUCACAUCAGCAGCAGGUUUAGAUGUGACACCCAAAACUGCUCUCAUGUAGAAAAUGGUAGCUUGAAAGCCAAACCCCGUUCUUCCACUCUCAUUAUUUAUUUUCAGCAAGACUUCAUCAUCUGUAAUCACAGCAACCAAGUGAGCUGGAAACACAAGACAGAAAAGAUAACAUCUUACUGCAAGACACUUUCAGGUUCAGAGACUCCUUCUGAUGGCAUCUCCAUCUGUCUGCUGAAGGCAGUCCUGUUCUCCAUCGGUCUGAUCAUCAUGGCUAAAGUACCUCACCUGCUCAAGUCUUCCCACUUGUGA